AUGUCUGUUCCUGAGAAAAGCGACUGUGCCUACGGCCGUGAGCUCCCAUUUUACGAGUUCGACAACUCCAAAUUCGAAGACCUGAGACUUGAAACAAGAGUAUACGUUCUACAGGUUUACGACACAAUACAGUACUUGAACCCUGGUGGUCAGCGUGGGCUCGAGUACGAAUGGCUGUUGAUGGCUAUGAGCUGUCUUGGUGCAAGCGAACUCGAAUAA